AUGACCGUUGCCACACAGAAGUUUUACUAUCAACCCAGCAUCGAGGCCAACAAACAGAAAUUACAACAUGUACAUGAUGUUGCAUCAUUAGCAUUGGGAGUUGGUUCAGGAAUAUUGACAUUAGAAUCUAUGAAUGGAUUUAUAUUUUAUUUGAUAGGAAUAACAGUCACUAAUUUAUUAUUUUACAUAAUAUGUGGCGAAGGCAGGCCAUCAAAAUAUUUCAAGAAUCCUUUGCAAGAGGUGUUUAUAAGUGGGGUUUUUAGUAAUAUACCUGGCUUCAUUAUGAUGUGGUGUUUAGUUUAUGCUUUGGUAAAGUCAAGUUCAUGA